AUGUCGAACUCAAUGGGUGACAGUGAACUUCCCGGUGGUGCUCUGCCCGGCUUCGCCAACAUUCCAAACGUGAGCCUGUCACCAAUGAUCAGGCAUUCCGGUCUGGUCUUCGCCGUCCUUCUCACACUCUUCUUUUUCUGCCGACAAUAUGUCUUUGAAGCCGCCCUAGACAGAGGGCUGAUUUACAAACGUACAUGGCCAACUCUCAAUCCGCGCCAAAAGCGCGGCUUUGUAAACCACCACCUCUCCUUUGUGGCCAAGAUCUUCGUCCUUCUCUUCGCCAUCUAUCCUUUCUUCGCCGUCGCCACUGGACAUGCCGACUUCCGCACGCCUAUGUUCGGUCGCAGCGUCGGCUUCUCACGACGAGAUUAUGGGUUCACGAUGGGUGAUGCAUUGUACCUCGCCAUCAUGAUCGUGAGCGUGAUGUAUGCGCACGAGCUCGCGUACCGGGAGGGUAUCAGUCCUGUUGCUGUUGCUCACCAUGUUGGCGUGCUGGUCAUGGGUCAGUUGACGCUGUACUGGAGUGCGUCGAAUAAGGGUCAACCAGAUGCUGCGUUGGAGGCUGUAUUGGCCUUGUUCUGGGGAUUCUACGAUCUUGUUGUCGAGGUGCCACCGCACAUCACUAUGAUCAUCUACCGCGACCCAGAUGUCGCACAGAAGACGCUCAUGCGCUCUUUCUCCGUGGCCUUCUGGUGCUCGCUCGUUGGUACUGUGGCCGAGACGGCAACUAUCUUCGGCCUGUAUGGAGCAUUGUGGAAUAAGUGGACACUCACUAUGAAGGUCAUGAUUCCGAUCCUGCACUGCAUCUUCACAGCGGCACAGCUCUGGGGCGAGUACUGCACGUGGAGCCUGUGGCAACAGGAGAAGGGGAAGGCGAAAAGGGUGCAGGUGGAUGGAAACGAGAGUCUUCGCAGCGAGAACGGGAAAGUGAAAGCAGACGACGAAGCAGAAGGAAAGGAUGGCAAAACGGUCAACUCGAUAGAGAUAGCUCCUGUGUAG